GGUACGAAAAAGAACGAGAGAGGUUUUUUAAUUGGUGUAAAAUGAAACAAGUCAAGCGGUAUACAGAAACCGUGUUGCUUGCCUAUUUUGUCGAAAAAUCUGGAAAAUUGAAAUCAUCGACACUGUGGUCAAUGUAUUCCAUGUUGAAAAGUAUGUUGAUUUUGCAAGACAACGUCGACAUUUCCAAGUAUGCCAAGUUACAAUCGUUUUUGAAACGUAAAUCUGUUGGUCACAAGCCGAAAAAAUCGCUGACUUUUACGAGGCAACAAAUCAGUACGUUUUUAGAGGAAGCACCCGAUGAAACAUUUUUAAUGAUGAAAGUUGCUCUAAUAUUAGGAGUUUCUGGGGCUUGUCGUCGAGAGGAGUUGACGAAAAUGACGGUGAACGAUAUCCAAGGCGAAGAUACGUUUUUACUCGUAACGAUUCCAGACUCCAAAACGCAUGUUCCAAGAACUUUUUCUGUUACGGAGGGAAAAGAGAAUUGGAUACACUUGUACCAGAAAUAUAAAGCGCUUCGUCCUCAAAAUGCUCAAACUUCGCGACUUUUUUUAAAUUAUAAAAUGGGAAAAUGUACCGUACAACCUGUGGGUAUUAAUACAUUUGGAGCAAUUCCUAAGAAAAUUGCGAGUUACCUGAAAUUGCCAAAUGCUUCUAGUUUUACGGGUCAUUGUUUUCGGCGUACCUCCGCAACGCUACUUGCUAAUGCUGGAGCAGACCUUUUGAGUCUUAAACAUCAUGGGGGCUGGCGGUCGUCGACGGUAGCGGAAGGAUACGUAUAGAUGGUUCUCUUCAAGGCAAAUUAGAAGUAUGUAACAAAAUAAUUGGUAAUGCUUGUCAAUCAAAUGAUCCUUGCACACCUUCGACAUGUCAACCAGAUGAUCCUUGCAAGUUGCACAUCUUCGACAGCGUCCACAUCUACAUUAAUAACUUCUAAAUGCUCUGUGUCAAAUUCGUUACUUCCAGGUGUUAAUAUAAGUAACUGUUCAUCAUUUACCAUUAAUUUAAAUAUUACUAGCCAGAAGUAGCUGUAAUUGUAAAUUGUGGCAUUAAAAUAAA